GCCCCCUGAGCCUGCGCCGUCCCGGGGGCGCACGGCCCAUCCCAGUGGUCGGAGGAGAGCGUGGUACAGAAGCUGCGGGUGGAUCCGGGGGAAGGGGUGCUGUGCUGCCUGACUGCGGGGUUCCUGUCCCGGGCGUCGGGAUGCUGCGGCAGCGCUGCGGGCGGCUCCUGGCCCGGCUGGAGCAGGGGCUGCAGCUGCUGGAGCUCGGCGGCAGCGUGGAGGAAGACUACAUCCGGAUCGUUCGGUGCUUCGAGGCAACACGCCAGAGAUGCUGCCGGCUGGAGCAGGACGGGCGUCGUGCCCGCGAGAAGCUGGCCCGUGUGGAGGCCGAGCGGGCAGCGCUGGAGGUGAAGCUCAAGCAUGCCCGAAACCAGGUAGAGGUGGAGAUGAAGAAGCGGCACCGGGCAGAGGCUGAGCUGGAGAAGCAGGAGCGCAAACUUCAGCUGGUCUUUGAGUCUCUGAUGCGGGAGCCAUGGGGCAAUGAAAUGCUGAGCAGGAACCAGUGCUCUGUUCUCAGCGCCCUGGCCGGCCGGCGCCUCGGGGCGACCCUGGCACCGGGCAGGAGGUCAUCUGCAGUGGACGAGUCGUGCCAGUCCCUCUUGUCCCACUCAGAUAUCAGCUAUGACCGCACCGAGGAUGAUGUGGAUGUUGAUAUGACGGUGGUGCGGACCCUGAAGCGCAAAGCCCCGGAGAGGCAGCAUGUGUCCCUGGCCCCUCAGAUUGGCCCUGUUGUGAUGGCAAAGAGGCACCGUUCUUCUGUGAUACCCCAUAAUGCUGCAAGUGUCCCCUCUAUGCCCCCUCCUGCUGAGGUCCCAGGCCCUGCUGGAAGCCUCCUGCCCACUGCUUUGGUCCCACGCCGCCGAUCUUGCCGGGGACACCGUGUAUCCAUGCGUGCAGGUCUCCCUCCACUACCUCCUCCCUCUGAAGAGCUGACCACGGCGUGCAGCACCAGUGAAGCUCAUGGCUGCCGUGCCCCGGGGCAGGAGAGCCACACUGAGGGUAGCUCAGUGGGGCAGCCAGCACCAGCCCCCUUCCCCUCACCUCCACAGAGCCUCCCAACAGUCCAGCACCAGUUCACAUCCAAAACGGUGAUCCGCCCUGAGCCGUGUGGUGUCUGUGGCUCCCGCAUCCGCUUUGGGAAGACUGCCAUCAAGUGCUGUCAGUGCCAGCUGCUGCUGCACACCAAGUGUCGGGAGCAGUGCCCCAACCCUUGUGCACCCCGGCCUCGCCACCCCACCUGGCCCCGUGAGGGUGUGUUGGCUGACUUCGCCCCCUCCAUGAGGCCCCUGGUGCCCUUGCUGGUGGUUCAGUGUGUGACCGAGGUGGAGACUCGAGGCUUGACAGAGACAGGGCUGUACCGGGUGCCGGGUGCAGAGCAGCUGGUGCGGGAGUGGAAGAGGAGGCUGCUGCGGGCUGGGGGUGCGCUGCCCGCCCUCAGCAGUGUGACUGACAUCCACGUGGUGUGUGGUGUGCUCAAGGACUUUCUGCGGGGCCUCAAGGAACCACUGGUUACCUUCAGCCUCCACCCUGCCUUCCUGAGUGCUGCUGACAUCCUGGAUGAUGCUGCCUGUGACACAGCCCUGCGGCACGUGGUGAGCAAGCUGCCCCCAGCCAACAGGGACACCCUGGCCUUUCUCAUGCUGCACCUGCUCAAGGUAUCGCGCAGCCCCGACUGCAAGAUGGACGUGCUCAACCUGUCCCGUGUGUUUGGUCCUACGCUGGUAGGACACAGCUCAGCCAACCCCACACCACUUGCCAUCAUGGAGGACACACCGCGGCAGUGCAAGGUGGUGGCUCGUCUCCUCUCGCUGCCACCUGACUUCUGGAGAGGCUUUGUGGGGACAGAGCAGGAGAACCUUGUGCCGAUGCCAGCCCCAGGGGGUGAACGUGAGCUGUUCUUCCACCCCAUUGUCUCUCUGGAACCCAAGCCAGGCCAGCUGAGCCCAGCUGGUACCUGCUGCCUCCCCAGCACCCUGCGGAGCUGCGUGGGCACGGCCACCCAGCCCCCGCAGGGGCCGGCCCCGAGGAAGGUGGGCCGGUUCUUCCCUUCUCCAGUGUAGCCUGCACCAGUGGCUCCCUGGGGACAUGGAGCUGGCACUGGAGGAGGAGCAAAGCCUGCAGCAGCAGGCUGCCUGUGGGGUGGCAGUGCUGAGCUCGAAGCUCUGCUCUGCUUCCCUGGGGUGCUUCCCUCGGGGCUGGGGAGCAGAGCUGGCUCUGCCCAGCCAUGGUGGCAGGGAUGCUACCCCAGUGCUGUACUUUGUCAGGUUUCUAUUAAAUGUUUGCAGCAAAACACA